GUUGCCCUCUCCUUUCUUUCCUUCACUCAUUUUUAUCCAAACAUACGCUAAAAUCUAAAUAGCUAAACUGCAGUAAACUGCACCAAACUCUUAACUCCAGCCCUACUCUUUCUCAAAAGCUUUGAUCUCCAGUUCCGAUAACCGGAAAGUUUCUUAAUUCCUCCACUCAAAUUCGAUUCCGUUUUCUGUCAUUCAUCCAUAGUUCUCCUCUCGAUCUCCUAAUAAUGGUUUUCUGCACUAAUUGCGCAAAAAAUGUGACCGGACACCGUCCCGACGACAGUCCAUUGUGAGUGGCCUUCACGAAUGUUGUAACCAAUGCGGGAAAGUGUUGGAAGAUUGUUAUUUUUCGAAUGGGCCCCAAUACGUUAAAGAUGCAGCUGGCUUUAAAAUACAAACUUAAAGGAUGUUGUUUCAACUAGCCUUGCCUAGGUGCUCUAGGUCUCGUGAAAUUUUGACAAGAAUAUUUAAUGCACUGAAUAUUGAUGAAUAUAGCCAGGAUGUUGUAAACACUGCUGAAAGGUUUUAUGAAAUUUUACUUGAUCGGAAUAAAACAAGGGGGCAUAAAUUGGAGCAUGUACUGGCUUCUUGUCUUUACCUUGCAUGUCGGGAAAAAAACAAGCCAUUCCUUCUCAUAGAUUUUUCAAAUCACUUGGGUGUGAAUGUUUAUGAGAUCGGUGCUGUAUCUUUGCAACUUUGCCAUGAACUUUACCUGGCAGAUAAUGGAAAUAUUCAAAAACUGGUUGAUCCUUCGAUAUUUAUCCAUAAAUUUACAAAUACUCUGCUACCAGAAGGGAACCCUGAAGUUGUUAAAACUGCACGGGACAUUAUAGCUAGCAUGAAAAGAGAUUGGAUGCAGACAGGCAGGAAACUGAGUGGAUUGUGUGGUGCUGCACUGUAUAUAUCUGUACUUUCACAUGGUCUUAAGUGCUCCAAGUCAGAUAUAAUAAGGAUUGUGCAUAUGUGUGAAGCAACAUUGACAAAGAGGUUGAUUGAUUUUGAGAAUACAGACACAGGAAGCUUAACGAUUGAAGAGUUUAUGGAAAAGGAGAAAGAUCUUCAAUCAAGCUCCUCCAUGAAACAAGCAAAUACUACAUCCAGCAAGAAGGAGGUGCUUUGUCAACAUAGGGAACGGAGGCCUGUUGCCCAUGGACUUUGUUGUGAAUGUUAUGAUGAUUUCAUGAAAGUUUCAGGGGGACUUGAGGGAGGAUUUGACCCUCCUGCUUUCCAGCGUGCUGAAAAAGGGAGAUUAGCAGAAUCAUCCACAGAGGAAAAUGCUAAUGAAGUAUUGAGAAGCCAAUUCUUGAGCAAACAUGAAAAAGCUAAUGGUUUUGGUGCCACAACUGAGCAAGCAGCCCUUCUUGAGGUUACCAAUGAUGAAUUGCCUGGGAUUGAUUGUAGUACUAAAGUUCCCGAUGAAUCAGACAACUUUGAUGACAUUGACGAUCUUGAGGUUGAUGGGUAUCUUCACAAUGAGAAGGAGAAGCAUUACAAAAAGAUAAUUUGGGAAGAAAUGAAUAGAGAGUAUCUUGAGGAACAAGCAGCCAAGGAGGCAGCUGCAGCAGCAGCAGCAGCCAAUGAAGCAUAUAUGACCAACAACAAUAGUUGUCCAGAGGAAUUGCAAAGAAAGGAUCUUGCUGCAGCUGUUGCAGCUGCAGUGGUGAAAUCUAAAAAGGAAAAGCAACAGCAACAAGUUGCUGAAGCAAAGAACUCUGCUCCAGCUCAGACUCCUGCUCAAGUAACUUUAAGAAUGCUGACUAGAAAGAGACUCAGCUCAAAAAUCAACCAAGAUGCUUUGGAGAAAUUGUUUAAUGACUCUGAAGCUGCAGAGGAAUCCAAGAAGCAGCGAACUGGAAUGCAUCCUGACAUGGACAAUCAGGAUACUGAAGCUAAACACCAAACCGAUAACCGGGGACCUGAAGAUGGCUGCAACAAUGAUGAUGGGGAAUAUGAGACAUACGGUAAUGAUCUCGAUUUUACCAACGUGGAUGAAGCUUAUGAUUAGAACGAUGAUGAUUAUGGUUAUGAUGGAUUCUGAAUUUUAUGGAUUACCGUUUUAUCUUAAUGGUUGUAGUGACCUCCAUUGCCUACUUGGUUGUUCCUUAUUAGAAAGAUCAAUGUUGGUAGUUUUCAAGUGGAGUAUGUUGUUGUUACUCAUAAAAUGCUCAACACCAGUUUUUUGUGCACGUGAGAUUUUUCAUGCCUGAUUGGCUGAUUCUAAUUUGCCAUUUUCUUUGCUCCUACCUAUUAAUCCUGUAGAUCGAGGGUCUGUUUGGGAUUUGCCUUCAGAGCGUAUCCGACCAACAAUAUGAAAAUAUUAAUUUGUUAUAAUUAAAAUAAUUUUCAUUA